AUGAAUUCCGAUGCCGCGACACAGAUGGAGCCCAGAGUCAUUGCGUUGAGUCCACUCUUUCUGGGGUUGCUGCGUGCCGGUCAGACGGCUGCGUAUGCCCUCCGACCAUGCUUUGCCACGCGUCUCGAUGUGUAUUCGGGAUCCACUGGCCCUGAGGGCUCUUGGGUGCCUUGCGCGCUGUUAAUAUCGCAGCGCGGCCAGCUGUACCUCUUUUCCGCCGAUGACGGACGUGUGAUCAAUGCGGCGCUGCUGGGACCAGCCACAGACACGGGCGCUGACACAGCCCGGGUUGACGUUGUCACUCAGCGCGUGUUGGGUCCGGAUUUUGACAUGCAGAGCCUCUACAUGCGUUGUCGGCAGCCGCUGCAUCUCGUGGGCCCCCGCGAGACGGGCGAGCGAGGCGGCGGCAGUACUGCCAGGCGAAGUGAGGCGGUUGCGGAGGGCGACGCCGCGCCCAGCACCGUCUUCCCUCCCUUUUCCUACCUGAUGCGCUUUCACUGUCGCAACGCCCCAGUUGUGCUGCAACUUAUUCGAAUUGUUACGGCCUUUGCGGAUCCAAAGAAGGGGGAAAUUUUUCUUCAGCAGGCGCAGGUCUCAUUGAAGGAAGAGUUCAAUCACUCCAUUUUUAUCGACCCCGUGGCAACCACGCCGGGGCGGCAGGAUCAAGCACACCGCCAAGGGGACUCGCAUACCUGGCGCAGCGCUCUCAGAAACGUGUCCCCGCUUAAGGCACUUGGCUUUUCCCCGCGAGCAAAGGGUGUGGUGAAUAUGCGCGACGUUGCAAGGGCGGCAAAAAAGCGUUUGCUGGACGCCGGUGAACGCAUUGAAAUUCCCCCGCCGUUGGACUCAGCCGCACCGCUGAGGCCGUACUCCAUGGCUGAAUUUAAUGAGGCAAACGGAGUGAUGAGCAACGCCAGGGAUCAGGUGUCUCUCGGUGGUGGCAUUGCUGCGGACCGGCAGACGAGGGCAAGCGCGUUGCAAGCGAAGUGUGGAGGCACCGUUGAUGCGGCUUCACCAGCCAUUUCCCAAUUCUAUGCGGCGAUCAUGGGAAGAAUGUCGCACUUCACAAUUUCUUCCUCGGAGGACCUUCUCCAUAUGUGCGGCUUGCCAGCGUUUGAGGUCCAGUUUGCCGUUUUUCUCGCGCAGCGUCACAUCCAGGACCUCGUGGAGGCGUGUGCGGGGCAACUCCUAGCGGCUUUUCCAAACGUCCCAAAUUUGCCUCAGUACCGAAUACUCGCAAGGGAGGCUGUUCGAGAAGAGCUGCGGUGGAAGUUUGGCGUCACUUACCGCGAGUUGUGCAGUGCGGCAAGAGCUCGCAUCGACUGCACCUCGGUGCCCCAACUCUUGCUUGAGGAGGAACGGGCCAGCACGCAGAGGCCGCAUGAGGAAGCGAUUCAAGCGUUGCUGGCGGAGUAUGCGGCCCGCCGGCAGACGAUGCUUGAGGAUGAGGCGAGCGUCUUCUUUGGCUCCAAUCACGAGCCCAAGUUGGCCGAGACGGGCCAACCGCUCGCGCCGCUGUGCGCAGAGGAAACGGCAGAGUGGCGCAAGGCAGUGGUGGAGGCUGCCGAGGCGCUGCAGGCCCUGGAGCGAGGUAUACGCCGCAUACGGGAUAGCGUUAGCUGCGACAGUGACGACAACAGCGAUGAGGAUGCGGGGAAAAAGGAGGACGCCGGGAACGUGAUGGGUGGCAGUGUGACUGCUGUGUCCUCACGAAGGAGGAGGAAUGAGACUGCUGCCCGCUUUGUCUCUGUGCAGGAUGAGGCGGCGUUUUUGCUGCAGAGAAUACAGAGAAAAGCAGGAAAUGCUUUCUUCGCUGCAACUGCAGAGCUCCAGCGAGGAUCAGUGGGCAAAGGGCUCGGUGGGGGAAGAUGCGGAACUGGGGGCGAUGCGAUUGGAGUACAAAGCGCUGCUCAUUCAACAGCAGCGGCAGAUUGA